GACCGAGGUGGCGAGCAUCCCUCCUUCUGCCGGUUUUAGCUCAGAGGCGAAGGAUAAAAUCCUUGCCGAUGUGUAUGCGGCCAUCCCUGAGGAAUACGUGAGGUCACUCCCCGGGAUUGACUUGGGAUUCUUUGGGUCCAUUCAGUCUCUCGUCCUUGAUCUUUUCAUUCGCUGUGCCGAGAGUAGGAACUACCGCUUUGAUAUGCACAAAGAGAUGCUCAAGCACAAGGACCAGAUCGAGAAUCAUGAGCAAUAUGCUGAGAAGACGGCCAGGUUGAUCAACUGGGACGCGGAUAAGAAGAUUUCCCUGAAGACGGAAGAGCUGAAGAAGGCCGAGGGGGACGCUGAGAAAUAUGAAGAGAACCUGCGAGAACAUGAGGGGCGGCUUGUCGAGCUGAGAAAGGAGUACUCUUCCGUCUUAGAACGGGUGACUGACUUCUCUUCAAAGGUGAAUGCUCUGGAAGGUCAGCUCAAGGCCAUGCAGGGGAAGAUCGAGGCCGUGCGCAAGGAGGCUGCAAGCUCUUUUAAGUUGGGCGAGGAGUCCAUCUUGGAAAGUGCCCAAAAGGCGUGGGAUCAGUCUAUGGACGGGAAGGAUUUUUCCUGGUUCAAACGCCGUAUCUCCCACCAGAUAGCUGUUUCGACGGCUAGGCGCUUGGGCUUAGAUCCUCCCGAGUUUGUUAGUGACCGGGAGGAGGACGUCGAAGAAGAUGAGGUGAACUCCCCUGAAGGCCAGGACGUCCAGGACGGGAGUUCCAUUGCCCCUCUUCCUUGAGCAGGUUUUCUUGCAAUUGGUUUAGAUGACGCCGUGGGCGUUUGUAAAACUUUGGUGCCUUCGGGCAUUUAUUUGAUUUGGUUUGUUUGCGCUUUGGGCGCUAUGUAUAAACAGUCUGUGCCGUUGUGCACUGUAUUUUAAUUCUAUCAGUUCGGUACUGAUUUCUUAAAAUUU